GGAGGAGACUUCUUUGAUUGUAAAUACAGACCACAGCAAGGCAACAAAAAAAAGUCUAUAUAGUAUAUUAAGUAUAUUAAGUAUUUUAGUGUUAUUACGCUUAAACGGGUGCUUAGAAAAUACUGUACAAUGCCCUCCAAAAGUAUGAGAAUGGUAAAUUGAAAUGUAUUUCUCCUGUAUACUUAGGUAUUUUGAUUAGAUCAAAAGAUGAAUACAAUGGUCAGUGACUUCACCAGCAGUCUCCAGAGGGCAGAGGUGAAAAUAUCACAAGCCACCAUACUCAAAAGACUUUGAGAGCUGAAUAACAGAGAUUACACUAUAAGACCAUGAAACAAGGUGGACCCAAGUGCAGAGGAUGCUUAUUCCCCAUUUUGAGUCAAACAAGUAAACUUUAAUAAAGAAAAAAAAAACAAAGUAACAAACAGGCAAGAACAAGAGAUACUAUCACUGGGAACAAAGAAAGACAAACACAGGAGAAAAUAACCCAGCACUGCAGCCAACAGGACGGCCCCCACCUACUUACAGGACAUGAUUCAGUCCUAAACCCCAGCUUGACCACUCCACUCUGUGGCAGCAGGGCGACUUGCCCCCCCUGCCAUCCGGAUGAAUGGUUCUUCUCACUCGACCCUACCACGGAGCUUCUCCACCUUAGCUCCCAGUGGUGGAACGAACUCCCUGUUCCUCUACGAACCACUCCCUCAUUGCCUAUCUUCCACCGCGGUCUGAAGAUUCAUCUCUUCCGGCUAUAUACCUGGGCUAACUAUCACCACUCUGUGGGGCAUUCCCAAUCUGGGAUCAGCAGUUGCAUCAACAAUGAAGAUGAGUGAGCUAGUACCUGAGACAGCCAUGCAUGCCCCAUAGCAUAGCACCCCCAACACCACGUUUCACAGAUGUUUCUUUCGUCAUCAACUGUAUAGGUCUUCCUUGGACUACCAGGCCCUUUGCAAUAACUGAAAUCACCAGUGCUCUCUCUUAAUAGGUGUUUCAAACAGCGGAUUUUUGGCAAGCCUAAGGUUUGGUCUAAUAAAUGUCGAUGUAAUUUUACUAGUUGAUACAGAUUAAUUUUCUUUAGACAAAUAAAAUAUCCCACCAAGGUAUCAGGUUCCUUAACCAUAAUUGUUUCAGUCUUACCUCUCUAUUGCUCCUGUUAUGAUGGUAUAAAAUCAAGAUUACACAUGAAUUUAUCACUACCAACAAGAAAAUAGGACAUAAUAUUCCUGCAACAGAGCCAUCUUAACCUCUCUCCAAAUUAAAAUGCCAUGUUGAGUCUUUCAGUAAGAAAGUGGCUUAGCUACAGUACUUGUCAGUUAAAACUUGCGCACCAAAAUUUUGCAGAUCACUUUUCUAUUAGUCAUUUUGCCUGCUGUACCUUAUAGCCGAGUUGCUAAAUGACAGAUGAUCCAAUUAAACAUAGCUGCUGGAAACAUGAUUAGCCUUUUAUGAUUCAUUAGCCCCUCCUGGUUUACAGGAGCCAUAAAGCAAAAUAUGUGCCUUUUAUUGCCAUUGGCAACUUCAAUGUGGAUUGGUUCUGUGCCCAGACAAACCAGGGAUAUAUGUUUAUGCAUUAUUCAAUGCAGAUAAUCAUUGUGGCAGAGAAUAAAAUAAUUAGGAAUCAAGUUGGUAUUUAUUAGAUAAUCAGAUAUUAUGAUUCAUUAUAAAGCUUUGCACCAAAUUUAUAUAAAAACCAGCAACUGCAUUUAAAAAAAGCUUACAAGAGAAGAGGUUUUGUGAAAUUCUAUCAGAAUAAACGCCAUUGUCUAAUUGUCCUUUUGUCCCUGAAGGGCACACUAGUAAACAGGACCAUGAAGAGUGAGACUGUGCUUCAGCUUUCCACCAUAUUGGUGCUCCAGCUGAAUUGGAAUCAGUUCAUUUCUGCAUACGGAAUCACUGUUCUACCUCCAGCUGAUGUACAGGUAAUAGACCCAGGGUACCUUGGUCAACUGCUAAUACGUUGGACACUUCCUUCCAACCUGGAGAAUCCGAUAAACUGUUCAAUAAGAUUCCAACUGCAAUAUUUCAACGCUUAUGAAGACAGAUGGACAACCAUCAGAACCACUCACCUGAGCUACAGUGCCCAGUUUGACCUGGAGAAGGAUGUGCACGUUAGGGUCCAUACCUUGCUGAGGGGGCCCUGUGUUAAUGGCUCUGAAGUUCAGAGCCCUGGAGCUGAGGUGGUUCUCAAGCCCCCUGAUAAAGGGUCCAUAGGCUCAAAGAUCAAAAGUCUCAGCUGUGUUUUCUAUCGGAGGGAAUUCCUGGAAUGCACCUGGGAAAGUGGGGAAGUUGAGCUGGACCAUCCCAUUUACCACUUGUUCUACUGGCACAGAGAGAUGGCGAAGACCGUGGAAUGUCCCAAGUAUAUCUACUCCAAUGGUGCCACCAGGACUGGCUGCAGCUUCCCGGUGGAUUCACUCCUGGAAUUUACCGAGUUUAACAUCUGUGUGAAUGGCUCAUCAGCAGAGGGGCCUCUACGACCAGCUUACUUCACCCUGCAGAUACAAAAUUUAGUGAAACCUGCUGCCAUUGAGAUUCUGAGUCUGGAGGCCCAACCCAAUGGGCUCUUCCACUUGGAAUGGACACCAUCUGAGGGGAAAAUCCCUGGUAUCUGCCUGGAGUAUGAGGUGGAAUCCACACAAAACGCCAUGGUGGGGGAAGUGCUGCAGAGGAAUAUCACCACAGAGACAGCGUUCACCUCCCUCAGCAUGGAUCCGAGUAGGACUAACUGUUUCCGGGUCAGGUCCAGGGUGCACCAGUUCUGUGCUGACAGUGGCUUCUGGAGUGAGUGGAGUCGCCCAUCCUGCCUGUCAGACACCAUGGAGAUAUACAUGCCCAUAGUGACAGAAACAAUCAUGCUGGGGGUUCUAGCCAUCUUUGUGAUCAUGCUCCUCAUCCUCUCUCUCUGCCUGUGGAGCUUUCGGGGAAGGCUGAAGAUGUGUGAGAAAAUAAAGGGCCUGUUUUACCUCCCAUACAAACCAAAAGGAGAUUUCUCAAUCCCUCCCAUGGAAUGCCCACUUAAGCCAAACAGCAUUACACUAGCAUCAUAUCCCUAAACAUUGGUGUUUCCUCUACCAUCAUUUGACCCUUCUGUACUUACAGUAUGAAUUCUGCCAGAAUAACCUUUUUAUUAACUUUCUUGAACGAACACAAAUAUCACUAUAACCCAAUAUUAUGUUACCAAUUUCCCUUCCGUUACGUAGCUUCAUCUAUCAUUUAAAAAUGGUGGAUAUUCUGUAAUAGAAUGCAGAGAGGCACAAAACUUCAUUUAACAGAAAUAGUACUGAAUCACGUCUCCCUUUUUGCUCUUGUUAACAUUAUUAUGUAAAUAAUGGAUAAUGCAAGUUAUGCAGCUGGUAGCUCACAUACUGUGCCACACCAAGAUGACAAUGCUAAUGCCUCAAUAUUUUUAAGCACUAGCAGUGUAGCAAAAUUUCUAUUUGCAUGUAAUCAAAUAGAAAGUUUUGCAUGAAGAAAGUAAUGCUUUACUUUUUUUUGUUGAUCUGCGAAUCUAAUAUAUAGUUUUCAAAUACCAUAUUGUGCACUAGUUGCCAAAGGUCUUGCCACAUAUUGUAAUAUUUAACUCAUUAGUUUUUUGCACAACAGAACUUGCCAGAAUAUAUACAAAGUAUAUUCUUAAUUUUCAACCAACCAUGUGAUAAUUAUUUAAUACCUUUCUUUUGGAAUUAUCGUUUUGUUUGCUGUGCAGAAGUACCCCUGCAUUUAUACACUGUCACUUUAUUUAUUUGCUUUUAAAAUGCAGGUUAAGAAACUUAACUUCCUCAAGAGUAGCAGCUGGUGCUGCACAUUUCUCUGUGCUGCUCAGCAUUGCACUCAAGUGCAGUCCUUAUGAAUAGAGCCAUGAAAACCUGCUUUUCUUCAUUGUGCACCUCAUAAAUGGAACGGCCUGCAGGAAACCUCAGAACUGGACCACUUAAUCUGGCAGUUUUAAAAAUUAUUUUAUAUGAGGUUUCACCAGAUUAAAGGUCUUAUUUCUCUUACUGUAGUCCAUUUUUCUUUUCUUUAUUAUCCACUGUUAUUUGUCUUGUUGUUGCAUGGUUAUGAUUCCUUUUUUGUGUAUUAUGUUUCCCAUGGCACCACUGGAAAAGACAGCAUUGUGUACACCUGGUCUUCUCUGGUUAAAUAAAGGUUAAAAUAAAUAAUGUGAACAAAUUGGAAA